UGAUAUCUUUACAUGAUAUGGAUAUUGUAAAUUAAAUAAAGUACACAUUGCUGCCUCUCUUGAUGAUUAAACAUCAUAUUAAGACUCUUUUAUCAUUGGAAAAGACCAUCGAGCCUUAAUCUACUUAUUUUUCUUUCCCAAAGCAAAUGCGUGAUACUUAGUCAAGAAAUUAGAGAUGAUACCGACAAGGAUGAUUCGAUCUUUAUGCAAAAUAGCAUGUAUUCUAGCCUUUAUGCCAGAAGCCUCUUCGAAACCUGAAUUUUACGGAGCAACGAUGAGCGUUGUGUUAACGAACGUCACUAAAGGGAAAAUAUUGGCUGAAGUUAACGUCAUGACCGGCUGGAGGUUGGGCUCCGGACCAUGUGGGCCCACUUGCAGUCUGAUUGAUGUUGGCAAUUCAUCAACAUCUCAGCGUACGUUUAUUGAAAACAAAAAUAACGAUUUCUACUAUUUUGGAAAUUUUACAGUUGAAUAUCAAACUGGCUCAGAACACCAGACUUCCGACCUUUAUAUAACAUCCAAUUACACGGAACAUGUUGUUGCCGUUAGCACAACUGAAACAUGGGAAUUGCUUUCAAUGAAGUUUUACGCGUUACUACAACCUCCCGAAAGUAAGGAGGAUAUAGUGUUUGAUGGAAAGUUUUGGUAUAGCCAUAUUAAGCCGGGUGACCCUAUUCGUUGGCAUUUACAAGUAAAACUAUUUAACCAUAUAAGAAAUGAUACCAAUACGUUUAACAGAAUUCCAAGGGCAGUUUCAAAACCAUACUACAAGAUCCAGCUUGAGCACAACACAACGAUUACAAUUCCUGUUGUGGACGAUGAUGGCGAUUUUCUGUCUUGCAAGCCGGCAUCUGGAGUUGAGAGCUUUGGCAUUUCGUUUCCACCUCCGGACAUGAAAGGAAUUCAUAUAAGUGGGGCUUGUUCAGUCACAUUUGAGGCCUAUACAUCCAACAACUUCAUAAAAGGCAUGGUGAUUCCUGUUGUUCUUACAGUAAAGGACUUCCCGCGAUAUCCCAUUGAGUUUGGUGCUUUCACACCAAACGAUGAUGGCUCAACUUUGAGUAAAAUACCCGUGCAGUUUCUUGUAGAAGUUGUUCAAUCCUUGGACACUCCACGUUUUGUACCACCUACAUACGGAUCAAAUCACCAGUUUGUAGUCUUCAAAGGUGCAAGUUGGGAAACAACCAUUUAUGUUAACUCAGGAACAAGUCCUUUAGAUGGUCUACGUUUAAUUUGCGACAGUAACCACUUUAAAUCAAGCAUUGUUCAACGGGAUCCAUCAAAAACAGAUGUUUCAUUCGCCACAGUUUACUGGGCGGAUCAAUUUUCUCAGGCAAAAAAGUCGAUUGUGUGCGUUACUGCAAUUGACCAGAACAUGGUGGAAUCUGCAGAGUUACUAUGCUUUCUAAUUGAAUACAUAGACUUCCAAUUCACCUUUUCGCAACCCACGAAUUCUAGUGGGCGACCACAUUUUAUAAACGUGCCUUCUCAAAGUGAGAAUAUCACAUGUCCAAUUAAUGCAACAUGCAUAAUACCAGUGUUCGUCUUUUCCUCCAGGCCGGUCAGUAAUAUAAGCAUAAUCGACAGUCGUGUUAACUUCACGGACAUAACUCCAGUUUCUCCGGACAAUACUACAAGUAAAACGUACCGAUCGGAUCUUUAUAUCAGACACCUGGUUGCAGAGGAAAUUAAGCUUUGUCUGAAGGCCGAGGACAUUAAUGGGAAUCCCAGCGACGUGCUGUGUUUUCGUAUGGAUUACGUACCUCCUGAUCCAUGUUUGCAAAAGCCAUGUUUAAAUGACGGCAUAUGCUUCUCAGACAAGAUUACCGGGGAUUUUGUUUGCAAGUGUAUAAAUGAUUUUACGGGCCAAUAUUGUGACAAAGGAAAAGAUCCAUGCACACCUAAUCCAUGUCGACAUGGCGUUUGUUAUGAUAGCGCGGUACCUUAUUACUGCUAUUGCACUGACGACGGGAUAAAUCCAAAUCAAUACGAAGGCGAUAACUGUGAAAUUUGUAAGGAUCCACUUGCCUGCGAAGCAACCACCUCCACAACAACAGCAGAGCUUUCGACCGGAGUAACAACCGAAACAUCAGGUACCGCGGAAACGACCGAGUCAUUCACUACACACGAGUUGACCACUAAAUCGGAAGCCACAACGAAAAUUAUUUGUUCCAAGACGGAAGAGUUGACAAGAGAAGAUCUUGUUACAAUGAAGAAAACCAUUUACUCGGGGUAUACAAGUUGCGUGUGUAAUAUCGACGGAAAAAGUAAAGAAAUAAUUAAAAAACAGCCCGUUCUUCAGUUGCUUGUGGCCUUAAAGAUGGCAGGCUUUGGCGCUGCUGGGAUGACGGUUAUUGUUCUUUUCUCUUGUACAGUGUAUGCACUGAAAUGUCGAUCAAACCGAAAACGAACAAUACAUGGAGAAGUUAAUCAGGUUCGGCCCGGGCCCAGUAGGGAUCCCUAACGCGACUGCGUCGACGCGUCCAUGACAAGAGAUCAGCAAGUGCUGAACCUUUACUACAUAAAUACACAACGAAGAAUAGAAAAGCUAGUCAGAGACAAUUUGCCAAACAGACAUUGUGUCGAUGUUCAUAAGCACUGGCACAUAAGUUAUUAGCAUAGUGUUGCAAAACUAUUUUUUCUGAACAUCGCGUGUUUAUAUAAACUUAAUUAGAAUAAUCCUUUAAAUUCUGAUCACAACUUGUGGAAGUUGUUACACCACAUAUCCAUGUUUAAGAUAUAUUGGUCAUUAAAAUGUCGGCGCUUUAGGUAAAACAAUACAAAUGCAUUAAAUUUAGUUUUUUUCUUAGUUAAAUGUUAACAUGAACAGAACUUUGGAAUUGAAAUAACAUACACAUUGUUAUACAUGUGUAUAUCAAUGACUUCUAUUCUAUUCUAAUUCAGCGCAUGUAUUUUUUCAUUAUAUUGUAUAACCCCACGUUCAUGAAGGCCUUAUUUAUUUGUUCGCCUGUACAUUAGACUGCCCGUUCGUCUAUCGCGCGUUAAUUGAAUAGCAUUGUAACUUAUAGUGAAAAAACUUUGCAUAAAGAUUGACCAGCGCCGGUUAUUUUAAUUUACUCAUGUUUGAAGUAAACUGAAUUAUAACCGUUGUAAGAAUACAAAUAAUAAUUCUGAACUUGAAUAAUAACUAUAUAACAAUAACAAUAUUUUGCUACAGUAAUACAUCUUAACAAAAACUAUUAACGAGAAUUUGUCACGCAUUACUAAAAAUAUUUAUUCUUUCAUGAAUAAACUGUGCAAUGACAUUGGCCGACAUCGGUCGGGUACAUUUUAUUAACUUGACAUAAUGAAAUUAUUGCAUGUUAAAAUGUUUGUUUGUCAAAUACAGAUUUUUGUUUCAAUGGUACUUAACAAAUGCAAGAAGAAUUUUCAAAUUUAUGUAGCGAUGCAAACGUUAGUAAACAUUUCAUAAUAUUCAUUGAUUUUAUUGUAUUUUCACGGUAAUUGUUAUUUUAACCGGCCAUACUGGUUUAUUGUAACAUAAUUAGAAGUAUGCAUGUAUUAAUUAAUCAAGAAGUUUAAUAAACUGAAAAAUACA